AUGUCCACUCCCAAAACGACAGUGCCGGUCAUUGGGGCCCAAACGACGCCAAUUCCGCAGACACGUGAGAAGCCUUCACCCGUACGAUCCGUCAUCGCAGGCAGCAUAGCAGGCGCCGUCGAGAUCGCCAUCACCUACCCAGCCGAGUUCGCCAAGACCCGCGUACAGCUCAAUCAACGGCUGGCACGUGGUCAGAGAGUUCCAUGGCCGCCAUUCGGUCCGCAAUGGUACGCCGGCUGUACCACGCUCAUCAUCGGCAACAGCAUCAAGGCUGGCGUCCGCUUCGUUGCCUUCGACCAGUAUAAGCAGAUGCUGUCAGACCCCGAGGGCAACAUUAGCGGUCCCAUGACCGUAGUAUCGGGCUUCUUGGCAGGCGCGACCGAGAGUCUGGUUGCUGUGACACCUUUCGAAAGCAUCAAGACGCAGUUGAUCGAUGAUCGCAAACGAGCUCAGCCGCGUAUGCGUGGCUUUCUCCACGGCUCCGCCCUCAUAUUCCGCGAGCAAGGCGUUGCUGGCUUCUUCAAAGGCUUCGUGCCCACCACGGCACGACAGGCCGCCAACUCUGCCGUACGGUUCAGCUCUUAUACGUCGCUCAAGCAAGCAGCACAAUCAUACGUUGCGCCAGGCGAGAAGUUGGGUACUGCAGCGACAUUCGCUAUCGGCGGCUUAGCGGGUAUCAUCACCGUCUACGCCACGCAACCCAUCGACACUAUCAAGACACGUAUGCAGAGCAUCGACUCCAAAGGUCUGUACAAGAACAGCAUUGACUGCGCUGUCAAGAUCUGGAAGAAUGAGAGCGUGUUCAAAUUCUGGUCCGGAGCAGUGCCACGACUAGGGCGACUCGUACUCAGCGGCGGCAUCGUGUUUGCCAUGUACGAAAAGUCGAUGGAGUUGCUGGACCAGGUGGAUCCGCACAAGAAGUACAUUUGA